GUAAAUAGAGCGCAUUGCGAUGGUGUGCGUUGUACGGAGCAGCUGAUGUUUCACAAAGUGUCAAUAAUAAUGAAAGGCAACAGAAAAGCCAAGAACGCAUACACAAGAAGGGAAGAAGGAAAAAAAACAUUGAAUCAAACGAAAUUAUGUGCAGUCACACACCACACUGAAUUGGAUUAGUGCAGUAGAGUCUGUAAAACAAAACAAAGUAGAUGUAAAACGAAGAGGAAACAUGAGUGCACACACGAUAUUAAUUUAAUUAUACGAAAAAAAUUUAUGGUUGUUUGUGAGCAGUCUGCUUGACUUUCUGUGUGAAUAUUAUUUCACAUCCGAAUUAGAUUAGGCUGGGUGCAUUUGUGGUUUUACUCUCUGGCAUUUGGUCGUGAAUGAAAAUAAAAUCAAAACCAGUAGAAUAAAUUCUGAUAGCUUGUUGUGUGUAUGUGUUAAGUUAUCGCGGCCGAUGAUCUCAAUUAGCUUAGAUGGCACUUUAAACUCUAGAUAAACGGCCGUCAAAUAAGGAAUGAAAGUUCUCAAUUGAUAAAAAAGAAAGCAGACCAAGUGCAUAUACAGUGAAAACGUUCAAUAAAAGGAAAGAGAAAACAUUGCUUGAGAUAAAUGUUCGGAAGGUGACUUUGCAACAAAUCGCGUUGUGUUAGAAAGUUGUGACGCCAGAAUUCCGAGUGCAUUUUCGAGACGUUGACUGAAAGCAACGCAGAAAAUGUUUCAUAAUGUUAACAACGAAUUAUUCCGUGCAGUUCCCACAACAACAUCCUCAUCCUCAUCCUUUGAUGAGUUGAUCAGUACAUCGGCUACCAAAUCAACAACGUCAACCUCCGAAAUAACAACUGAUGACAUUUAUGGACUGUGCAAUGGGCUAGCACAGAGCAAGGAAACGCCAAUUUCCCAGUUUGCAUCUCGUGUCUUAGAAUUCAGUUCACAGUACGGCAGUGACAACAGUAUUUCAUAUACAGCGUGCAAUAUUACGGGGCGGCCGUCGAAAUUUCCCAAUUAUGGCGACUUUCCGGAAACAUUUGCCAUGCGAACUUACGGUCGAUGGUGGGACAUGGCGCCUUCUCGCUUAACUGACAUUAUGCCGCAAACCGUGAAAAAUAAUAUGCCACAAGACUUCAUAGUGAUUGAAUUUGAGGACUUUGUGUUCCCCAAUGAAAUAUCGAUCUAUGAAACAUAUAAUCCUGGUGCCAUCGUUAAAUUAUGGGCAUUUACCAUAAACGAAAGAUGGAUUUGUUUGUGGGAAGACGAUGGAUCGAACGACUCAGACACUCGGAUAUUCUCAAAUGAUUCUCAUAUCUUUUCGCCAACGAUCAAUGAAAUCAAAAUACCCACCCGAAUCAUUCGCAUUGAGUUCAAUCAUCGAAAUUUAGACUAUUUCACGGAAAUUGAUGGUGUUUUGUUGGAAGGUGUGAAAUUCACGCCACGCGGUGACUUGCAACAGCUCAUGAAUUUGUCACAGGCAAACAAGGGGCCGAUUCAGAGAAAAUUAGAAAAAGUAUCGUUUACAACUGUGCCAGCAUCGAAUCAAACCCAAGAUCAAAUGCUCAAAGACUUUUUGAUAAAAGACCUCGAAAAUUUUAUAGCUAAAAUCAACUGUGGUGACAACCGAAGUUUAAGUUCAUGUGUACCUGAUGCAUCUGAAAAGAAUCCACACACAUUGAAAAAUAUGCCUUCUGAAAUUUCGCUGAAAAUUUGUUCCUAUUUGGAUUUGGUGUCAUUGUGUCGUAUGUCGCAAACUUGUCGGAAAUUCUAUCAUCAAAUCGCGCGCGAUCCAUCGCUAUACACUGAACUCAAUUUGAUGCCGUAUUGGGACGUAAUCGAUGCCUCAGUAUUAAAUACCUUCAAGACACGAUGCCGUUUCCUCAAGAAGGUCGAUCUCUCCUGGUGCGGUCUAUUCAAUGACCUGACGUCAUCGGACUUUAAUGAUUUCAUUCGGCAUUGUGGCAAACAAGUGACGCAUCUAAGAUUAAAUUCAGUAAAAUUCUUAAGUUCGGAUAGUCUUGAAACUGUCUCAAUGAUUUGUGAUAAUUUGAAAGAACUGUCGCUAAGAAAUGCAACGAUCUCAAGAGUCACCGGAAAUCCAUUUGGCCGCUUCAAGAGCUUGGAACGAUUGGAUCUGUUCCAUGUUGAUAUUCCGGAGCAGCAAAUCAUGUUGAUGUUGCAAAAUAAUCCCAAUCUGAGACACAUCAAUUUGGCAUUUAGCCAGGCAAAUAUGGAUCAGGUAGCAACAACAAUAUCUCGAUGUAAUGUUCACAUUCAAUCAAUCGACAUGUGGAAAUCACGAGGCCUAUCAUCAACUGGACUCAGAGCAUUGGCAGCUUCUUGCUCAGAAUUGGAAGAAGUCGACUUUGGAUGGUGUUUGCGUGACGAGGCGUCGCCGGGAGAAAGUUUGCUGAAACUCCUCAAGGGUUGUCCAAACCUGAAGAAACUGUUCUUGGCAGCGAUACGUGGAUUGAACGACCGUGACUUGGAAAACAUCGCAAAAUUUUGCCAAAACUUGGAACAACUUGAUUUGCUGGGGGUCAUGGGGAUAUCAACGGAAAAAUGUUAUCUAAUUUUAAACCAGUGUCAAAAAUUGAAAUUGAUUGAUCUGAGUUUUUGUGUUCACUUGGACGAUGCACAGAUUGCUAUUUGGAAGGAAACAUUUGAUGUCACCAUCAAACGGAGCUUUGUUCGUACUGACAAUGAUUAUUCAACGCGAAGUUAUAAUAUCAUCAGAAAUCACUGAGCACUGAGCAGUCAACAUUCGAUAAGGCUUGAAUUGACAGCAACGGAUUUAUUGCAUGACAAACAUUUGUAUAGAUAUUGUUAUUUUUUUAUUUAUAUCGCAUUGUACAAUUAGGGUUUCAUGCAUGUUGGGGAAGCCAAUACUAAACAGAAAAAGAAACAAAGAGAGUAUAUAUUUUAAAAACAAAAACAAAAGUGAAGCAGACAAUGAGCCAUUUCCAUUAAUUGUAAACAUUAGUACGUAAUUAACUCGAACAGAAUAGAAAAAUAUUCUGAAAGAGGAGACUAUUUUCGUGAAUUGAUUAUUAUCCGUUUUUACUGAUAUUUGAAAGAAAUUUUAUGUGUGUAUGUAAAGAGUAUUUUAUUAAAUAAAUGAAGAUCUAUUUAUUUUCCUAAUCGAACCAA